UUUUGUGUCGCCUCGCCAUGUCAAUCUGUUCGUUGAGCUCCCAGUGUGCUGUACUAGGCGUUCAACAACACGCCACCACCACUGGCAAUAUUGUACUCCCUCCCUGCUGCUGCAAUCUUGCAUUUGUUCCGUCAUCUGCUAAUUGUUCUACUGGAGUACGAGAUCUCGCUCGGAUUUGUCAACUAUCUCGUGCUCAACGCCUGCUUGGCAAGAAGCGCACCAGCCUGCUUGAAACUAGUGAUUUUUUUUUUGCCACCCCCCAGUGUCCUUCGAUCUCGCAUUUCACUCGGCAAUCACACGUGCACACCCACGCGAGCCCUCCGACGCAAAGCACGCUUGACAUUUCGAGCACAAUGGCCUCGACCAAGGGGCUUGUCCCCAUCACGCGGAGUUUCCUCGCCGCGUUCUACGCGAAGCAUCCGUUCGAUCCGCUGCACGAUGACGUGGAGACGCUCCUCGCGCGCCUCACGGAGCUCAGCGAGGCCAUCGAUGCGAAGCGCACCGCCACAGAAGGCGAAGACAACGGACUGCUAUCCUCGUUGCUGUUGGAUCCGCCACACAAGCUGGACGAGAACUUCUGGAAGAACCGCGAGCAGCUGGAGGAAUUGCUGUUCCUUUUAGACGACGCUCAACUGCCCGCCGCGGUUAAGGCGGGUGAGUCGGCGGCGGGGAAGGCAGCAGCGGAGGCGAUUGGGAAGUGGAAGGACGAGCUGAAGGCGACGCUGACUAUGAUCGAGCAGUUCCAAGACGUCACCAGCGAACGCAUCUCCACCAUGGUGUUCACGUACAUGCCGCAGGACUUCCGCGGCACGCUGCUGAAGCAGCAGAAGGAUCGGUCGGAGGCGCGGCGUAAGCAGGAGGUGGCGAACCUCGUGACCAAUGGCGGCAGCAUCAAGCAGAAGUACGCGCUGCUGUGGCAGCAGCAGAUGGACAGGCGGCACACCCUGGCGUCACUGGGAGCGGCCACGGGCAUCUACCGCACACUCGUCACGUACCUCGUUGGCGUGCCCCAGAUCCUUCUCGAGUUUGUCAAGACCAUCAACGACCACAACGGCCCCAUGGAGGAGCAGCGGCUGUCGUACGGCCCGCCGCUGUACCGGCUGACGGCGCUGUCCAACCGCCUGCACAUCUUCCUCGCGCUCUGGUGGUCCUCCUUCGAUGAAUGCGCCGAGAACGCUUCUGACUAUGUGGGCGUGGUGAGCGACGCUGCAGCGAUCUACUCCAAGGAGAUCUCGCGAUUCCUCUCUCUCCUCAGUGACGUGUUUGACCAGUCACCGUUCUUGAUAUCCGCCGAGGAAGCCAUGUCUGCUGAAGACAAGAGCAAGGUGGAGGAGUUCAAGGAGCUCAACAUUGCUUAUGGCCAGAGCUCCCAGGUGCCAGUGACAGUGGAUGCAGUGGGCACACUGGUGGCGUGGGAGUUCAACCUCACGUACGGCAAGGACGUUGGCUUCAGCGUGGAAUACACUGCAGAGGAUGGCACCAAGACGGGCAUGGUGCCGUACCAAAAAGUGGACAAGCAUGAGGGUAGCUUCAAUGCGCCUGCUGUGGGGGCGUACACCAUCACAUGGGACAACACCUACUCGCUCCUCACAAAGAAGACUGUGCGUUACAAGAUUGGAGCCAUUCCUCCUGUGGAGACGGAGGAAGAGUUGAAAGCAGAAGAAGCCCUUUCACACCCAGAGAAGCAAGACGACCCCAGUGCUCCUGCCGCCGCCGCGGCUGCGGAUGAUGGUGCGGCUGCUGCUGAUGCUGCACCUGCCCCGGACGCUGACACUGCCUCCACUUGAUCCACUGUACCAUGCGGACUGAACAAGGACCCAAAUAGUCCAGUGUAGCGCAAUACAUUCAUUUUGCCUCAUCCGAUUGAGGUUAUGUUGCAGUAUGUGUCUUGGGCUCCUGUCUGCUAUAACAAGAUACAGGAAUCUCAGGUUCUAGCUGCCCCAGCUUCAGAGAUUUCUUGAAGUGUUUUGGUUCAAAGUUUGGCUACGUGAAAACCUUAUCUUUACUUGUUAUCAUG